UACGAUUUGUGCCGGAGAUUUUCGCCAUUUAAAAUAAGGCAUCCGUGAAGGGUUUUUUUUAAGUUUAUAAAAACUUGCCCGAAUUUUCUUUUAAAUAUCUUAAUUAUUAAUUUAACUUGAAUUCGUAAUUAUUUCACAUUUUACUUAAGAAGUACCAAGCCUGAUAUCCUAAAAAAAAUACUUCAAAAUCUAAUGAGCGAUACGCGUUUAUUUGUCGGGGAUGUGAAAAGCGCCAGUAAGGAGGAACUGGAACGCGCGUUCGCACCUUACGGAGAUCUCAAGGAAGUUUGGGUAGCCAGGGAUCCGUCCGGAUUCGCCUUCAUAGAGUAUUUCGACAAGCAAGCUGCCCACGACGCUAUGAGAUCAAUGAAUAAUAAGACGCUUGGCAGCGAUGUGCUGCGAGUAGAACUUUCCAGAAUAAAAAAACCGUCUUAUCCCAGGGGAGGAGGUUACAAUAGUGACAGAAGAGGAGGUUUCCGUGGUUCCUUUAGGGGUAGUUUUAGGGGAAGUCGAGGCCCCCCUGCAAGGCGCGGGGAUAGGUACUCGUCCUAUGACGGUGGUUCCAGAAGGAGCGGUGGAAGGGGAGACAGUCGCGAUGCCAUCCCACCUUAUCACGAUAGAUUAGCUGAACAACCCUCACACUACCGCUCCUACGAAUCCAGGGGGCCGCCAUAUCCAACUUAUCACGAAUCUCCAAGAGGCGGCCCUCCCCCAUAUCGUGGUGGUGGAAGAAGCGAUCAUCGUUAUGAAGAGUAUCAUGCACCCGCAUCAUCCAGGCGUUAUUCGGGCCCUCCCCCUAUAUACGACAGUGCCCCGCCUUCCCACAAUGGUAAUAGAUCUUCCUACUCCCGGGGUGGCGGUAACAGAUAUAACCCGUACCCAUCCCCAUCUAGGAGUAAUUAUCCACCCCCCGCUUCAUCCUUCAGUAGGGGUAGUAGAAGGGGUAGCGAAAGAUUCUCAAAUAGACCUCGAAGUCCAUACUCCAGGCCCCAAGAAAGAGCGGUCGAGAGGCGCUUACCUUCGCCUCCACAACGAAUGGAUAGAAGUGAGCCCAGGAGGAGCAACGGUUACGCGAGACCUCCCGCGCGUGAGAGUUCUGGGUUUCCGCCUGCUUUUCGCGGCCCUCCACCUUCUCACAGAAGAAGUCCGCCUCCGCCAUCUAAAAUUGUCAGGGAGCACGCGCCUACCAGAAAUUAUCCGCCCAGAGAUUACUCGCCCCCGGCAAGAAAUGCGCAUAGUUACCAGUCUGGCCCACCUAAUCGCAGGACAAGUCCGCCAAGAAGAUUUUGAAGGUUGUCCAGAAGAGAGAAAAAAAAAUGAUAAUGAUAAUAUUUUUUACUAUCAUCUAUAAUGUAUUAUACUCCCUAUUUUGUAACUCUGUCUAUAUAUACUAUUAUUCUCCCCACAAAAAAAUACAUUAAACGAUUAUGUAAUGUGAAUAUUCCUAGUUUUAUUUAGACGUAUUAAAUGUUUAAUUUUGCUACCAUAUCCGCCAAAUUAUCCCUUAAUUGUA